AUAUAUAAAGAGCAUUGAUCUACAUGACAUAAUUUUUUUCUUUUUUCUUUUAACCAUUAUGGAAUACGUCAAAAACCUCUUUCUUCAAAACCAAACAAACCCUACUGUUCAAGUAGACAAAGAAAACCACAUUUAUCGUAGUCACCAUGCUGAGCAUGGUUUUGUAAGUACUCCUCUUUAUCCCAAGUUAAAAAAAGAAGAAUGUACUAUUGCCAAAGUCUGGAAAGAGACAGUCAAGAACAACAGCUAUAAGCCUGUCUUUGGCUAUCGUCCUCUCAUCAACAUCCAUUUCAAGGAAUCCAAGCCAAAGAAUCCAGAAGAUAAGCCUAAGAAAUGGUCUUAUUUCGAACUUGGUGAUUAUGAAUGGAUGAAUUACCGAGAAGCCAAUGAAAAAGUCGAGAAAAUUGCUUAUACACUUCAACAACAUGGUCUCAAGAAUGGUGAUAUUGUCAUUUUGUUUUGUAAGACAAGAGCUGAAUGGAUGAUGACUGCUCUAGCGUGUUUUACGCUUGGUUUGGUGAUCACUACUGCUUAUGAUUCAAUGCCCGCUGAUGCUGUUAACCACAUCAUCAACGAAACAAAAGCAAAGGCUGUGUUUACCGAGACUUCUCUUUUUGGUACAUUAAAUAAGGCUUAUAAAGAACUUGAGAAAAAGGAUCAACCCAAGUUUGUGUUCUAUACUGGCAAAGAGUUUGAAGCUCCUGAAGAAAUCAAAAAGUUUAAGGACAACAAAGCAGAUGAUGUUGAGAUUGUCCAUUUUGAUAGUAUACUCGAACAAAAGGUCGACAAGCUUAAUAUCAAGACACAGCCUCAACCUGAUGAUUUAGCCUUAAUCAUGUAUACUUCUGGCUCUACAGGUGCUCCUAAAGGUGUUGAAUUGACACACGCCAACAUAAUUGCCGCUAUGGGUGCAGCUGAAUAUCUUGUUAUUGAGUUAUUGGCUCAUGGUAACCAUUCUUACAUUGGUUUCUUACCCUUGGCUCAUGUGCUUGAAUUUUUGAUUGAAUUCAUCAUGAUUUCACUUGGUAUUCCGAUCGGUUAUGCUAGUAUUCGUACCUUAAUGAACGACUCUGUAUGUGGACACAAUGGAGAAGGUAAAGGAGAAGGUGAUCUAAAAGCAUUGAAGCCUACUAUCAUGGCUGGUGUACCUGCUGUUUGGGAAAAGAUCAAAAAGGGGGUUGAAGCCAAACUAGAAAAGCAACAUUGGGCUGUCAAAAAGACAUUUGAUGCUGCUGUGGAGAUGAAAUGGCGUUUGUUGCAGUUCUUUGGUAAGCCCAAUAGCUUAACAGAUGCUUAUGAUGCUAUUCUUUUUGGACCUAUCCGUGAUGUUACUGGGGGUCGUUUGCAAUACGGUGUCUCUGGAGGUGCUCCUGUUUCAUUCGAGACUCAAAAGUUUAUUACCUCUACUUUAUGUUACAUGCUUCAAGGUUAUGGUUUGACUGAAUGUUGUGGUUUAGCUGCUGUCACACUUCCUAGUUUUGGUCUAGUGACUGGUAGCAUUGGUCCCCCUUCUCCUUCGAUCGAAUUCCGUUUUGUGGAUGUUCCUGAUACAGACUAUAAGGCAGAAAACAAUGUAGGUGAGCUCUGGCUUCGUGGUCCUUCUCUUAUGAGAGGCUAUCAUAAGCGAUCUGAUCUUACAAAAGAAGCCAUUACUCCAGAUGGUUGGUUCAAGACAGGGGAUAUUGCACGCUUAAAUUCAGAUGGCACAUUUGCUAUCACAGAUCGAGCCAAGAAUUUGGUCAAAUUAGCCCAUGGUGAAUACAUUGCAUUAGAAGCACUUGAAUCAAAAUACCGUAAUUCAAGCAGCAUCAAGAAUAUAUGUCUAGUGGCUGAUAGCAACAAGUCUUACAUUAUUGCUGUGGUUGAACCCUCUGAUAAUAAUGUAGAAAAAGACAUUCUUCUGAAAGAACUACAAAAAACAGCUAGUUCCGGUGGAUGUAACCGUGUUGAAAUUGUCAAGGAUAUUGUAGUAACUCGCGAUAAAGAUUGGCAAAAGGAAUACAUGACUACAAGUGGAAAGAUUAAGCGUAAAGACAUUGUUGAAAGCAACAAAGAAGACAUAGAAAAGAUUUAUAAAUAAAGCAUAUUAUGCAAAUGGUGACACACAUCCAUUGUUAUGACUAAU